UCUCAAGGUUUCGGGACAAAAAAAAUGCGAGACACAGAAGCACGUGUAGUGGGUGGUCCUCAGCACACUGCUUUCACGUGGCUCUAGCGAGCUCCGAGCCCGGCCGUCAGUCCAGCGGCAACAGCAGGAGACAACAUCAGCAUGGCUGUGGAGAUGGAGCCUGCCGAUGUGAUCCUCCUGAUAAUGCAGUACCUCAAGGAGAACAACCUCUACAGAACACUGACCACCUUACAGGAGGAAACCACCGUCUCGCUCAACACGGUGGAAAGCAUCGACAGCUUCAUCGCAGAUAUAAAGAGCGGCCACUGGGACUCCGUCCUACUGGCCAUCAAGUCCCUCAAGUUGCCCGACAACACACUCAUUGACCUUUACGAGCAGGUUGUAAUGGAGCUCAUUGAAAUGAGGGAGGUGGGAGCAGCACGCUCACUCCUCAGACAAACUGACCCGAUGAUCAUGUUGAAGCAGACGCAGCCAGAGAGGUACAUCCAUUUGGAGAACCUGCUAACAUGCUCCUACUUUGACCCUCGUGAGGCGUACCUGAAAGGCAGCAGCAAGGAGAAGCGGCGCAGGGCCAUAGCCGAGGCGCUGGUGAGGGAGGUCAGCGUGGUGCCCCCUUCUCGCCUCAUGGGGCUCCUGGGACAAGUUGGCUCUAUGAGAAUACAGCAGUAUCCAGGUCACGUCUUCCCUGACACGACCAUCGAAACAUCUGGCAACAAGGACAAACAUGUGGAGAAGGAGAGCUUUCCGACACAGCUGUACCGCCACAUCAAGUUUGGGCGGCGGUCUCAUGUGGAGUGUGCCCGUUUCUCUCCUGAUGGCAAGUACUUAAUCACUGGAUCGGUGGACGGGUUCAUCGAGGUCUGGAACUUUAACACUGGAAAAAUUAGUAAGGAUUUAAAGUACCAGGCCCAAGAGAGCUUCAUGAUGAUGGAUGAUGCUGUGUUGUGUAUGUGCUUCAGUCAGGACACAGAUCUACUGGCAACUGGAGCUCAGAAUGGCAAAAUAAAGGUGUGGAAUAUUCAGAGUGGCUUGUGCCUGUGCAGGUUCGAUCAUGCCCACAACAAAGGUGUGACUUGUGUAAGCUUCUCCAAGGACAACAACCAGCUCCUCAGUGCCUCCUUUAACAAGACCAUCAGAAUCCAUGAAUUGAGGUCAGGCAAUUUGCUAAAGGAGUUAAACGGCCAUUCAUCGUUUGUAAAUGAUGCAUCUUUCACUCACGAUGGAUUUCACAUCAUCAGUGCCUCCUCUGAUGGCACAGUUAAGAUUUGGAAUACAAAAUCCUGCGAGUGCAUCCACACUUUCAAAUCUCUGUCCCGGACACCAGAAGUCCCUGUCAACAACGUGAUUCCUCUCCCCCAAAAUCCAGAGCACUUUGUGAUUUGCAACCACUCCAACACGGUGGUCAUCAUGAGCAUGCACGGUCAGACUGUGAAGACCUUCAGCUCAGAUAGAAAGGAAAGGGCCGACUUUGUGUGCUGCACCCUGUCGCCCCACGGGGAGUGGAUUUACUGUGUGGGAGAGGACUUGGUGCUGUACUGCUUCAACUAUACGACAGGAAGGCUGGAGAAAACGCUGACCGUACACGAGAAAGAUGUCAUUGGCAUUGCUCACCACCCACAUGAGAAUCUAAUUGCCACAUACAGCGAGGACGGCCUCCUGAGGUUAUGGAAACCUUGAGCUGCCUCCUGCAUCGUCAAAUGGAGGACCCAGAGAAGCUUACAAGCGGUUAGAAAGCAAUUUAUUCAUUUCUGUGUAAUGAAAAAAGAUGGAAUUAAUAAAACAAAUGGAUACAUUAA